UGUCAGUGUGCUGACGGAGAAUGGUGGUGAAAUGGUUGAGGCAGAGUUAUAAGGUAUCCAGAUUGUCACAUCACCUUAUACCAUCCACUUCAAGAAGACACCCAAAUAUUUCAAACCAGGAAUGGCCUUUGAUGUUGUGGUUGAAGUUGUGAAUCCUGACGGCACUCCGGCAAAAGGUGUAUUAGUAGUUGUGGAUCCUGGCAAGCAGCAGGGCCUCAGUGCAGCCAAUGGCAUGGCGAGGGUUACCAUCAAUACAAACCAUGUGGUUGAACCACUGACAAUUGAUGCAGAGACCAAUGUUCCCGGCAUCAGCCAAGCAUCAGCCACCAUGACAGCUCUCCCAUAUACCACCAAAAGCAACAGUUACAUCCACAUAGGAGUGGAUGCAACUGAGGUAACUCUAGGAGACAAUCUGAAAAUCAACCUCAACCUUAACAAUGAUGAAAAUGCACAAGACCACAUCACAUACCUGAUCCUGAGCAGAGGUCAACUGGUGAAAUAUGGCCGUUACCAGACAAGAGCACUGACAUCCAUGACAGUUAUCAUUACCAAAGACAUGCUGCCAUCAUUCCGCAUCGUAGCGUACUAUUUUACAAAGGACAAUGAAGUGGUAUCAGACUCUCUUUGGGUGGAUGUCAAGGACACUUGCAUGGGCUCGCUAAAACUGGAAUCAUUAACUCCCUCUUCAUCCUAUAUGCCUGGCAAAAAGUUUGAACUGAAGGUCACAGGAGAUCCAGGAGCCACAGUGGGACUGGUGGCAGUUGACAAAGGCGUCUAUGUCCUAAACAACAAGCACCGACUCACCCAGAAAAAGGUAUGGGAUAUCGUGGAGAAGUACGAUACUGGCUGCACACCUGGUGGAGGGAGGGACAGUAUGAGUGUGUUUUAUGAUGCUGGGCUGUUGUUUGAGUCCAGCAGGGGUUCUGGGACCCCCUACAGACAAGAAUUGAAAUGUCCAACUCCCACCAGGAGGAAACGAUCUAACACUAUAAUGGAGGUCAGAACUACCUUAGUGAGUCAAUAUAAAGAAAAAAAACAACGUGACUGCUGUUUGGAUGGCAUGAAGGACACCCCCCUGUCAUAUAAUUGUGAGAGGCGCAGCGAGUACAUCAUUGACGGUCCAGCGUGUGUUGAAGCCUUUCUGCACUGCUGCAAGGAGAUGGAAAGCCAGCGAGCUGAGAGGAAGCAUGACAGCCUCCUACUGGCACGCAGUGAGGAUGUUACGAGUUACAUGGACAGCAAUGAAUUUAAUUCUCGCACAAACUUUCCUGAAAGUUGGCAGUGGACACAUAUCAAACUGCCUGCUUGCCCUCAACAAACACCAAACUGUGACACCACAUCAAAUGAGACAACAUUCCCUUUGAGAGACUCAAUCACAACCUGGCUGUUCACUGGCAUCAGUCUUUCAAGAACUCACGGUAUCUGUGUUGGCGAACCAUUAGAGGUAAUUGUGCGGAAGGACUUCUUUAUUGAUCUCAGGAUGCCUUACUCUGCUGUCCGUGGAGAGCAGUUGGAAAUUAAGGCAAUACUCCACAACUACAGUCCAGAUCCUAUCUACGUGCGUGUGGAUCUGAUUGAGAAUCAGGCUGUGUGCAGUUCAGCUUCUAGGCGUGGGAGGUAUCGUCAGGACAACGUUGAAAUUGGGAGCCAAACCACACGGUCUAUACCCUUUGUCAUUAUUCCCAUGAAGUUAGGACAACUCCACAUUGAAGUCAAAGCAGCUGUUAAAAACAAAUUGUUCACUGAUGGAAUCAGGAAGAAUCUGCUGGUGGUGCCUGAAGGCAUACUGACAAAAUCUCUGAAGACUAUAACCCUUGACCCUGCAAAGAAAGGCAUAGAUGGCAAACAAGAGGAAAUAAUUAACAGUGAAAUUCCUCAAAAAGAUUUGGUUCCAAACACACCUACUAGCACAGAGAUCUCCGUGACAGGAAGAGAGCAGAUGAGUGCACUGGUGGAGAACGCCAUUAACGGGAAAUCUAUGGGUACUCUGAUCAAUCAGCCCUCAGGUUGUGGAGAGCAAAACAUAGCCAGUAUGACGCUGCCUGUCAUUGCAACCACGUAUUUGGACAAAACCAACCAGUGGGAAACUGUAGGAUUUGAGAAACGACAAGAAGCCCUCGAACACAUCAAGACGGGUUAUGUGAAUGAGAUGGCCUAUCGUAAAAGUGAUGGCUCCUUUGCUGUGUUUCCAGAUCACAAAAGUAGCAUCUGGCUGACAGCCUAUGUUGCCAAGGUGUUUGCCAUGGCCUAUAAUCUGGUGGCAGUGCAAAGAGACGUCAUCUGUGACGCUGUCAAGUUUCUAAUUCUCAGUGCACAGAAACCUGACGGCUCGUUUGAAGAAACUGGAACGAUUAUCCAUGGAGAGAUGAUCGGUGAUGUGCGCGGCGCAGAUUCAGACGCCUCCAUGACAGCUUUCUGCCUUAUUACCAUGCAGGAGACACGCACAAUAUGUAAUUUCACUAGUGAUAAUUUCAUACGCAGUAUAGAAAAAGCAGUUUCCUACCUGGAAGGACGUCUGCACAGCCUCACCAACUCAUAUGCUGCUGCUAUUACAUCAUACGCCCUGGCAAAUGAAAACAAACUAGACCGACAGAUCCUCUUCAAGUUUGUCUCAGAGUUGACCCACUGGCCUGUACGUGAUGCACAUCUUUUCACACUGGAGGCCACAGCUUACGCUCUUCUGGCUUUGGUCAAGACAAAGGUGGGCACAUCCCAGAUAUGUGUAUUUUACAAGUGUGUCAUCCAAUGGACAACUCAUAAUUCAUACUACACUGAGUGA